GCAUACUGUGUGAACUGUGAGGACGUUGUGUGAACUGUGAGGACGUUGACUGAACACUGCAAUGCAAAUUACUAUAACAUAAGUGUUUAACAUAGACAUAGUGCCAAGGACAUGACCGAUACCGUCGCCUUUCAUGCUCAGCUAGCCUCCAUCAUUGAGGUUUUGGCGAAUGCAGCCGUUGCCGAAAUCUGCAAACUUGUAGAUGACGGCCAUGCUGCCUUACGUUUGGAAAUUUCCCAUAGCCAGAAAGAAAUCAAUAACCUGCGGAGGAAGCUGAUGUUGACAAAAUACCAGAGUUCUCAACAUAGCGCAGAUAGAUAUGGAGCCCUGCGACGCACAGUUCACAGGCGCGUGGACACCGAUCAUGUUGCCCGGGGAAGAGAGAGCUUCGUUGGAAAGUCAUCAGGCAGACUUGGAUAUUUGGAGAAUCGUUUUGCCGACAGUGAAGGGGGCAUCUUAGCGCAGGAUGUCACCAUCUGGAGAGACUCAGGAUGCACAGCGAAAGACCAGGAUGGGGGCAUGCAGAUGGCAGAUAUGCAGGAGUUACCUCUUAUCAAAAUGGAGAACAUUGACACCAGCAGAACAGAAGAGAUUGUCCAACCGGUCAGUGAGAAGAUCGUUGUGGCAGAACCAGGUGCUUCGUCAUCUAUCAUCACCACAGACCUUCUGGACCAGCAGGGCAACAGACACAGAGCUCCAGACACCACACUCAAUAUAGAACCUGAAAACCAGACGUUCCAGCAUCCAGCGUCACCAUACAACAGAGCAAGGCAGGACCAUCAGGGUGCUAAGUGUGUGACCUGGGAAACUGACCAUCAACCCAUAGCAUACAGCCUGUCCCAAUGGAGAGAGAAGCAAGAGACUGACAACCGAACUGUGAAUGCUCCUCACAAUGCAGGGCCAGACUCCAAGAGGCUGUCUGAACAUCCAGAGAGGAGAGGGGCACCUGGUAACUCUGGGGUCUGCAUGUCUGCUUUGGGCUCUCUGGACUGGGUGUCUGAUGUGGUGCUGGUGGACUCGGUUCCCAUUAAAGUGGAGGCAGAUAUGAGUUCAGAAUGGAGCAUAAUGGGCCAAGAGGUGACAUCUGGAGAGGUCUGUUCAGAGGGCAGGCAGCUUGUGGACAACAUAGGAAGAGGGGGAAUGGAGUCUGGACAGACAAAGUGUCCCACUGACACUCAAAACACAGAGCAAGGGAGAACUGUAGGAUCAAGAUCCAAGAUGCCAGAUUUCAACGGACUGUCCACCCCAAACAGCUUUUCAUCCCCAAGGGUUACUCUCCGCCUGGUUCCCCAAAGAGGGAAGCCAGCCCCCUUCUUGAAUUUCAACAUAAGCGCCACUUCUUCAUCGAAAGACAUAGAAAAGCAGCCGCAACAGCUAACGUCUUGUUCGGCCAAGAGGCAGCUCCGGUGCACUCUUUGCGGAAAGCCCUUCCCCCAGCCGGCGCACCUGCAGAGGCACAUGCGGGUCCAUACUGGGGAGAAACCGUACGGCUGCAGCCACUGCACCAAGCGCUUCUCCCACAGCCACCAGCUGAAGAUGCAUGAGAGGGUGCAUACUGGAGAGAAACCGUUUCAAUGUGUCUACUGCGGGAAGUGCUUCACCCAGUCGGGCCACAUGAAGAAGCACCUCCUCGUCCACACUGGCAGCAGGCCACAGGACGUUGGGCUGUCCUGAGUAUUCCAGGGUGAAGUUUCCCCUAGGUACAGAUCUAGGAUCAGCUUCCUCUCCCCCAAUCCUAACCUUAACCAUUAGUGGAAGAAAAAAUGCUACACUGACCCAACAUCAGCAUCUCGAGGCAACUUCACACUACUCCACUCGGCAUAAUGAUAGGCAGGGCCAGGAGUUUUUCCUCACCACGUGACCAGACCAGGGAAAAACUCCUGUCCCUAGUUGUAAGAGGAAUGGCUCCACACUACUGACAUUUUCUUAUAAAAACAGUGUUUUUUUUAACAGUUUGGAUGGUUUCCCCAUUGAACGCUACCUCUGUGUGUAGUGGUUGUGAAUUCAGUUCAACUGGCUUGAUGCUUGGUCCAGAGUGGACUGAUAAUGUAUAAGUUAUUACAGAUGAAGAUUUUAAACAUCCUCAUGAAUUUGUAUUGGUGCAGUGGUGAACCAAAUAGCAGUAAUUAAGAAUUCAGGAAGCUCUGGACAGGUGCCUGGGUGAAAAAGACCUGUUGGUUGUCGAGAGAUCGUUGCUCGGCUCAUCUCCUACCUGGAUGCAGGAAAGAGGAUGUAGGUUCAGGGAGGAGGAAGGCGCAGGGAAGAGCGCAAUGAUGACUGUCACUUUCUGGACAUCGACAUGGCAGAAGAGCAAAGUGACAGGUACCUGGACACCAGCACAAUCCUGGCCCUGGAAACGGACAUGGCGACCUAGCAGGUGCAAAGCGAGAGAGUGCUGACUGGAAUGGUAGGCUGUCAAUGGUUGGGUUUAUACAGGACUUUAUUGAACUAUCUUGAUACCCCUUUACCCUUUCCAUCAUAUUCAGCGUAGGAAAACACUUGUCUAUUCACAUGCCAGUUUCAAUGAGUUUUUGAGUCCCAGAAUUAAAAUUCAUAGAAUUAGAACCCAUUCAAUUCAAUCAGAAUUCUCUAUGGUUUAUUCCUUUCCAUUCGGACUAUGUUUUGCGUAGGCUAGACAGGUUAGGAUGUGCACCAGCACUGUAGACCUGGGGUCUUCAACCUUUUCUUUCCAAUGGACCCUGCCCAGGCAAACCGGCCACCCAGGGACCCCCAUCAUAUGUUAGCAAAACAUUUUUUACAUGUUUUGUCUUAUCAUCAGGUGAAUGGCAAGGAAAAGUAGUGAACAUUUUAAAAUAAAUAGAUUUGAUAUAUUAUAAUUGGAAGUAUAAACUCUAACGUAGCCUAUUAGAUAGAAAGGUAACUCCAAACACAUUUCACUAAUAGCAGCUGUUUAGCUGGUUAAACAAAGGUUAGCCAUGUGUUGGCAAAAAUGAAGUUAUGAAAGCUUACCAGCAGCCUGUGGCACUUGUGAGUGGUAUUCGCGGGUGCUUUUUCAAAGCUUGUGUCAGAUACUCCAGUGAGUAUAAUUAGCUCCAGUGAGUGUAAUUUGCUCAAUAUUAGGAGGUGAGAAAUAAAGUUGACGUCAUUAGAAAGAAGAUUAUCCUCUUUUCUACUGUAGGUAUAUGUAUAUGUUGCAAGCGAUAUAUCUUCUUUUUUUUUUAUUCAAUAC